UAAUUUUUUUAUAUUCUACUUAGGUUUCUUCCAAGUGUGCUAUUGGCGGUGCUUCACAAUUAAUAUUAACAUUUUAACAUAUUAAAGCACAAGAAUGGAAGGCACUGUCUUCACCCCUGCUUUAGAAGGAAUCAAGCACGUCAAGUCUGAGGAAGGAGUAAUGCUUACCAGACCUUUCUUAGAUGUCUGCAAGCACAUCUUACCUAUUAUAGAAAAGUUUGGAGCUGCCAUGGCACUAGUCAAGUCUGACAUUGGUGGAAAUAUAACGAGGUUAGAAAACAAGUACUUGUCGAACCCAACAAAAUAUACAAACUUGUACAGCAUGGUGCAAGAAGAGGUUGAAGCAAAGACAGCAAAAGGCUCUUCCAGUAGCACAAAUGGUCUUCUUUGGUUGACAAGGGCUAUGGAUUUUCUGGUGGAGCUGUUUAGAAAUUUACUGGAGCAUGGGGACUGGGCAAUGUCACAAGCUUGCUCUGAUUCCUACAGCAAGACAUUGAAAAAGUGGCAUGGAUGGAUAGCGAGUUCAAGUUUUACGGUGGCAAUGAAGCUUGCUCCAGAUAGGAAGAAAUUUAUGGAUGUAAUAUGCGGAACCGGUGAUAUUAAUAGUGACAUUGAAAAAUUCUGUACUACUUUCUCACCGCUUCUUGAAGAGAACCACAAGUUCUUGGCCAGCGUAGGAAUGGAUGAACUGAAAGCAUCUUAAGCUAAAAGGAAGUUUUGCAACUCUUUUGAGAUUCAUCGACACUGUGAGAAACUUCUGAAACAAACCAUACUUCCUGCUUUUAUCCUAUUGUACGAUGAGUAGCUGUAGCCAGAAGACAAUGAUUCUUUUGUCUAAUGGUUUGUAACUUAUAAUGAGAAGGGGACUGGGUUUGAGGGCAAUAAGUAUUUCUGGAGACUACUCAAUAUUUUAUUUCAUUGCAGAUCAUGAUUUUCCAGCUGUUUAUUGGAAAAUACAAAUCCAUAAAUGACCAAAGUGAGUUUUAUUUUGAUUAA